AUGAAGACGAUAUCGUCGGCGCCACGAGUGCCUCUGGUACCCCCCAUCGGCCCUGACCUGACCGAGGACCCGAACGAGGGCCAUUUCGAGCUUCUCGUCGAUGUCUCUGAGGAGAUCGACCGCAACGUCCCUACGGGAAUGGCGGUCUCUCACGCGAAGGAGCUUCGCAACACCCAGGUCCGCAUUAUCUAUAACCGUCGGAAGACCGUGGUUAGCCUCGCCUCCCCCGCCCCCGCCCAUACCGGUGUCCCCACAGAGGACGAUUUCGAUCUCCCUGUCGCGGUGUCGCAGGAGGUCGAUCGCGAGGCACUCACGAGCAUGGCCGUCUCCUUGGCCAAGACCCUCCGCGGGAUGAACGUUCGCGUCAUCUCUAACCGUAAGGAGGUGAUCGUUAGCAUGGCCGACAAGGCCAUCAAGUUGUCGGACGUGAUCUUCGGUACCCUGUUGUACUGCUUGAAGAAGGACUUGAUGGCCAUGGUGAAGGGAGCUCGAAACCUGGACAGUAUCAUGUCCGGCUUCGAGUACCACGGCAACUCUCAGAACCCCCGCGUGCUCAGGAACUUGAUCUGGGGCAUUGGCGUCAUACAGUCAUACACCGACUAUAGCGGUGCGGCCGUUAUCUGCCUUAACCUCAUCCGGGUUAAGGUAUAUAAUAACUACCAGUACCUCUUAAGGACUCUAGAUUCCGACCGGGAGUCCGCCCUCAAGGAGAACCUCCUCGAGGAAUUCAAGAUCCUCAACGGCGGGCCCCGUCACCCCGGGCAGAAAAACGAGACCGUUGCCCUGAAGGUGCUCGAGAAGCACUUGGCCAUCUCGUCCAACGACGUCCGCAGAAUCAUCAAGGCCGCCAAGUUGCCUUGGAUUCUAGCCUUGGUCUGGGGUCGCGGCAGCGUCAUGCCCCCCCCCCCCCCUCCCCCACCCCCUGAACAAGAGCGGGUCCCCAAGUCUACGGAAUCUGCGGUGCGCACCCUCUGGAGCACCGCUCUCGCCUCGAACAAUGACAUCCACGAUCUUGAGCUCUGGCAAACCUACAGAACCGCCGCUAGUAAUGCGCAGAGGGCGCUCAAGCGCGCCGGCAAGGAGGCCCGUUCUACCCCCGUUAUUAAUAGUAAUAACGACGAGGCAGCUAUAAGCUCCUCCCGCGCUACGUCUUCGUCCCAUAACGACGCUAUAAUCGCGCUUCUACGUACCAUCCGCGACGAGGUGCGCCGUUCGAACAACAUUCUGGCCGCGGUAUGGUCGCCCCGCCUGCGCUCCGUCUUGCUUACGGUGGACUUCAGCUGCCAUAGGCUGCUCCGCGUCUGCACCUUCUUCCCCCGCUUCGAAGGCGCCAAAACCGUGUUCCGCGUCACCUAA